AUGGAAAAUAUACAAAGAUUACUUAUAGCUCCAAAUUCAUCAAGGAAGUACCUAAUCAAACAAGAUGGCAAUAAUUUACUUUUCAGCAUCAUCCUCUGUUUAUUUUAUAUUGAUAACUUGAUGAAUGAAAAAUUACCAUAUUCAGCAGCAUGGUUUAAAUGCUCAUAUUUAUUCCUACUAUUUAUUAGUAAUCUAUGUGCUAUCUUCCUGUAUGUUCUUUUCAUACCUCAAUUAAUAACAUUGAAAUAGGAACAUAAUAAAAAGGAUUAAAUUAUUUAACUGAGAACUUUAUUGCAGUAUAAAUUACACCAAUAUUUAAAUAUCAAUUAAUAUUUGAUAAAUGUUUUAUAUUUUGCAGGUAUUUUAUUGGUUAUUUGUGAUUUUUUUGGAGAAGCCUUAGAAGAAACAUAAAAUAUUAAAAAAAUUCUCAGAUAUUCAGUUUUUGGAUAUUUAUUAAAUCGUAUAUUUAUCACAGGACGAUUGGAGAAUGCCCUAGAAGAACAAACCAUUGUUGAAUUCAAAGAAAGCUUUAUAAAAAUCGAGGAGCUUAAUGAAAUUUCAUUGAGUACAUUGGAGAUUUGUUCUAUAUGUUAUGAAGAAUUUAGAGCCAAAGAUUUUGUUGCUGAAUAUCAAUGUUAAGGGAAGCAUACUUUUCAUUAAGAUUGUGUUUUAAAAUGGCUAAAAAUGCCAAUGAACAAAACCAAGGUUUGCCCAUAUUGUAAAUAAUUACCAGAUUCUAUAAAUAAAUAUUUCUGA